UGAUUUGUAAAAUUGUAUUAUGAUUAUGUGAUUGAUUCUAAAUUGGAUUUCUAGUAUUGAAAAAUGAUGGUUUGGUACACACUAUCACAGUGAAGGGUUUUUGGUUAUGCAUAUUAGUUUUUAGGAUAUCCUUAUGGCUUAGCCACCGAUUGAUAAUGAAUGGAGAACUUGUCAAGGAGGAAACUCAGUCGCCUUGUUACUAAGCAUUGUAUUAUGACUAUUGUUCGAUAUAGUGCAAUAGAUUGAAUAUUGGAACAGAUCAUUGACAUGUGACUGGAUGAGAUGAAUUGAUGGAAUAGACUACUGAUGUUUGAUUUGAGAUUGAUUAAUAGAAUAGACUAUUAAUACGUGAAUUGAUGAGAUUAAUCAAUAGACUGAACCAUUGAUAUUUGCUUUGAAAUUACUGACGAAGUAUUUCUAAUACGUAUAAAGUUUUGUUGAAAAGAUAAAACUUGUAUUUGAUCUCAUGCAUAUGCUAUACUAUGAAUUUGAAUUCGAUGAGUUUUGAUAUGGUUUUGCAAAUAUGUAUAGCAGGUGCUUGUUUUGCUUAGAAGAGAUAUUGCUCACCCAUUUCAUUUUUAUCUUUUCAAGUUCUUUAGCUAAUGACAAAAAAGACAAGAGUGCUAUCGGCAAAAAAGAGGAGAGUGCUAUCGGCUGUGAGUUUUUGGUAAUUGCAUUUUGGAUAAAUUGAGUUGAGAUAUUUAGAUAUAUAUUUCCAGGUGUGACGUAUCCUUCGAAAUCAAUUGCAGCAGACUUUGAGCUAUGUUCUUCAAGAUUCUUGUUCUGGUUUCUCUGCUAGCCGUUUCGGCUUACGCUCAAGUGACCAGUUUCGUGUACAACGGUUUCCAAUUGGGAAAGCUGAGCCUCGAUGGGAUGGCCUGGGUCACCCCCGAUGGCCUCCUGAAUAUGGGCUACGACGUCAGACAGAAUAUGGGCCACGCCUUCCAUCCCGAGCCAGUACAGUUCAAGAACUCGCCAAACGGCUCCGUCUUCUCCUUCUCCACCACGUUCGUCUUUGCGAUCCGACCUCGGUAUAAGACUCUGGGCGGCCACGGGAUCGUCUUCAUGGUCACGCCCCAGAGGCUUCCCGGGUCCCUGUCUAGCGAAUACCUUGGCAUUUUCAACCAAACUGACCACGGCAACGCCACCAAUCAUGUGUUCGGGGUGGAAUUUGACACGUUCCAGAGCAGCGAGUUUAAUGACGUCAACGACAAUCAUGUCGGAAUCGACUUGAACGGGUUGAUAUCAGCAAAUUCAACUCCGGCAGGGUAUUAUGCAUAUGGUGGCGAGUUCAAGAACUUGACUCUAAUCAGUGGUGAAGAAAUGCAAGUUUGGGUGGACUAUAAUGGAACUGAAAAGCGGGUCGAUGUCACAUUGGCUCCGAUCAAAGUGCAAAAGCCAAACACUCCCCUUCUGUCUCUUACAUGGGAUCUCGCGUCAGUUAUCAACGAGAACAUGUAUGUUGGCUUCUCGUCAUCGACCGGUUCAACCCAAACUUCUUACUAUGUUCUGGGUUGGAGCUUCGGGGUAAAUGCAAAGGCUCAGGAACUUGCCCUGUCCCAACUUCCUAAGCUUCCUCAGGUCGGUAAAAAGGAUACGUCGAAGGUACUGACUAUUGGGCUACCAUGGGUGGUUCUUUUCCUCAUAUCAAUCCUGAUCUCGAGCGUGGUUUACGUGAUGAGAAGGAAACGGAAAUUUGCCGAGGUGCUCGAAGAUUGGGAGAGGGACUACGGCCCGCACCAGUUGAAGUACAAAGACCUUUAUAUUGCGACAAAAGGAUUUCGGGAGAAAGAGCUAUUAGGGGCUGGUGGGUUCGGUCGGGUCUAUAGAGGAAUCUUACCCACAUCAAACAUAGAGAUCGCAGUGAAGAGGGUCUCACAUGAAUCGAGACAGGGUAUGAGAGAAUUCAUAGCGGAGAUCAUCAGCAUUGGUCGGCUACGUCACCGCAACAUAGUGUCGCUCCUUGGUUACUGCCGUCGGAAAGGGGAGUUGCUCUUGGUUUACGAAUACAUGCCCAAUGGGAGCCUCGACAGGUACCUCUAUAACCAACCAACGGUCACCCUAAAUUGGGGGCAAAGAUUUAGGGUGAUCAAAGGAGUGGCAUCUGGACUGCUUUAUCUGCAGGAAGGCUGGGAGCAAGUAGUGAUCCACAGGGAUAUAAAGGCGAGUAACGUCUUGCUAGAUGCUGACCUAAAUGGAAGACUUGGAGAUUUUGGGCUUGCGAGACUAUAUGACCACGGAGCCGACCCUCAAACGACUCACGUCGCAGGAACGCUUGGUUAUCUCGCCCCCGAACACACGCGAACCGGCAAAGCCACUAGGAGCACAGACGUGUUUGCAUUCGGAGUGUUUUUGCUUGAGGUCGCCUGCGGGAGAAAGCCGAUCCAGAAUGGAGAUGCGGAGGACACGAUAUUGGUGGACUGGGUAUUUUCUUGCUGGGACAGGGGUGCCAUUCUCGAGGCCAGAGAUCCGAAGUUGGGGGCGAAGUUUGUGGAAGAAGAAAUGGAGUUGGUUCUGAAACUCGGGUUGAUGUGUUCCCACCCCGAGCCGCUGAUGAGGCCUAGCAUCCGUCAAAUUUUGCAUUACUUGGAGGGCGAUAUUCCAACGCCGGAGUUGUCGUCCAUCGGCGGCAGGUUAACAGUCGGUCAUCACGGAGGUUGUGAUGAUUUGGCUAGGUCUCCGUCCUCCAUGGAAAAUGCAUUUCAGCAAUCAUAUUCUGUCGUAGAAUCGCUUCUCUCAGGUGGGCGAUGAGCCUCAUAUUUUUGGUUUCUGAUCUUAUUCCAUGCUCUUUAUUUGGGGAAGAUCAAUAUGUCCUAUGCUUUAAGAGUCACUCUGUUACUAGUCGGUGAAAGGAUCACUAAAAUACACGCUCUUAGUUCUGUUCUGGCUCAAA